AAUCGUUCACCUCAAGCUUACAGGUUAAAUAUGGACAGAAGCUGCUCUCUGAUCAUCAACGACAUCGAUCCUGGAGACUCUGGACUCUACACCUGCAGAUCUGGAUCAGGAUCCUCCUCUGAUGGUUUUGUGUAUCUGAAUGUUUUAUCCGUUAACAGAGGAGAACCAGUUGAUAUGUACUACAGAGGAGGAGAUGAAGCUGUUCUACCCUGUAACAGAAAUUCAUCAUCAGACUCCUGCUCUGCUGUUGACUGGUUUCAUAAGAGAAAUGAAAACAUUGACAUUCAACCAGAAGUUCGUAGAGGAAUCGUUCAGAGUUCACCUCGUUCUGCCAGCAUGAGUUUGGACAGAAACUGUUCUCUGAUCAUCAACAACAUCAAUGCUGAGGAUGCUGGAUGGUACAGAUGCAGUUAUAACUCAGAUGUUUAUCUAAAUCUGCUGAUCAUCUCUUCAUCUCCACCAGAUGCUGAUCCAACAAAGAAUGGAGACAUAACAUUAUUAUGUUCUCUGGUGAGAUUCAGCGGGUUUAGUUCCUGUCCAGAUAAAAGUCUCCUCUGGUUGAACGAGACAGGAAGUGAACUGACUGGUGAAGGUGAUGGAUAUAAAUCAGGAGGACAGUUUGGUUGUGUUUCUAAUCUGACUGUGAAUCUUCAGAGCAGCAGAAGAUUCACCUGUCAGUUUGUUGAAAGAAACAAAGUGAAGGUAGAAGCUCACUACCAACAUGAAGGUAUGAUGUCAUCACAUCUGUCUCUGCAGCCAUAUUUUAUAUUGAGGAAGUUAAAUUGUUGGAACGUCACUUAUGUGUGAAUACUUAGUCUUAUGGAUUUAUUUUAUCUUAUUAUUAAACAAUGUAUUUCUAAUUUAACAUAAUUAUUUUGGACACUUUGUCUUUCCACACCACAGUUUUUAUGUAGAUCUCCAGUUUUCUUCUCCAUCAUGGUGGUUCAGGUUCUCCUGGUUCUGAACGUGGAUCCAAAGUCUCAGACUCUCAGAUUGAAGUUCAGUCCACCAUCAUGGUGAAACUAUGUUCUU